AUGAGUUCGCGCAACGAAAGUCUGAGCGCGAAUAACCUCAAUAAGUCUCAGCCACCAUUGAACCUGUCAUCGCGGGCUUCCGACCCUCUGAAAGCGCAGAGCCCAAAGAUGCUGCCCGGGUUACAAUCUCGCGGGACAAAUACGAGCAAGAAGGAUGAUCAUGCGAAGGAACUGGAGCAGGAAUUCAAAUAUAAGCAUCUGAGCCUGCUCGGUGUGUUCGUAUGGAUAUUGUUCUUACAUGUUGUUGGUAUCUUCUUCUUCACCAAAGGCUUCCUCCUCACUCGCAUGGUCCUGGAAAAUAAGUCGACCUGUGACGCCCUUCCGUUUGAUGACUCGCCCUCGUCUUUGCUGGAGCAGUCGCACCGUGAUGAGUGCUGGCACCCAAAGUCAUUCGACAAGGCCAUUGUUAUUGUAAUCGAUGCUUUGCGCUACGAUUUUACCGUCCCAUUUGCGCCUAAGGCUGAAUCAGAAAGUGCUCAGCUCUUCCAUGACAACAUACGAGUGCUGUACGAGACCGCCGUCAACACCCCGCAAAACGCUUUCCUUCUUCCCUUCAUCGCAGACCCACCGACCACUACAUUGCAGCGACUGAAGGGUCUGACCACAGGCACUCUGCCUACGUUUGUUGAUGCCGGGUCAAACUUCGCCGGUACUGCAAUUGACGAGGACAACCUCGUUGCCCAGCUUCACGCGGCAGGAAAGAGCAUUGUCCAGCUUGGUGAUGAUACCUGGCAAGCUCUUUUCCCAGGUUAUUUCAACGACAAUUUGACUCGGCCGUUCGAUUCAUUCAAUGUGUGGGACUUGCACACUGUUGACAACGGGGUGAACGAACAUCUAUUUCCUCUCCUAGAGCCUCAAAACCAGACAAAGUGGGAUGUGAUAUUCGGGCACUACCUUGGAGUCGAUCACGCCGGUCAUCGAUACGGCCCAAACCAUCCUGCCAUGGCAGCAAAAUUGAGCCAGAUGGACCAGGUUAUUCGGGAGCUCAUUGCUAAAAUCGACGACAGUACGCUGCUCGUUGUGAUGGGUGACCAUGGCAUGGACUCGAAAGGUGACCACGGCGGCGAAUCAGAUGAUGAGGUUGAUGCUGCAUUAUGGAUGUAUUCCAAGAAGGGAGUCUUUGGCCGUACCAGCCAGGAAACGAUUAUGCCACCCAAGUACGCUCGUGAGAGAUUUGUCCCGCAGAUUGACCUCGUCCCAACUCUCUCGUUGCUUCUCGGACUUCCCAUUCCUUUCAACAACCUUGGCUCGCCUAUCGAGGAAGCUUUCAUUGGUACCAGUGGGAAAGAUUGGAGAAACUUGGUCACUGUCAAUCGCCUGGCUUCCGCGCAGGUCAAGCGAUACCAGCAAGCUUAUGCCAAAACCCACGGUUCAGACGACGGCGAGGACUUUGAAUCAAUAGGGUAUUGGGAAACUGCUGAAAAGAGCUGGCAAGCCCAGAAUGGUAGACCCAGCUCGAAGAAUGCGAUCCCGAUCAAUGAAGCCUACAAGCAAUAUCAACGGCAUACCCUCCAGAUCUGCCGCGGAUUAUGGGCGAGCUUUGAUGUACCAAGCAUGCUGCAAGGAAUCGGAGUGCUCCUUGCUGGCAUCAUUCUGCUGACUUUCUAUGCUCGCGGAGUGCAGUCUGACCGCACGGAGCUCACUGGGCCCUUCCUCUCGCGUGUUGGACUAGGAUUCGUACUGGGUGGUACGUCUGGCACCUUGUUUGCGGUCCUGAAGAUGACCGAAAUGAAAGUAUCCGAGUCAUCAGCUCUACUAGCCGCCAUCGGCAGCAUCUUCGGCGCUUCGACCGCAAUCUUCGGUUGUUCUCAGCGCUUGUCGCUGCCGCUACCCAACUCGCUUUUUGGGUGGCUUGCCGUUGUUUUCACUGUUAGUCAGUCUAUUGGGUUCGCAUCCAAUUCAUACACGAUAUGGGAGGAUGAGAUUCUUCUAUUCUUCCUCUCCACGUUCGGAGUCAUUGCUGGUAUCUCUUCCAUGCGGCAACAGUCGACCACAGACCGGGUGCUCGGGGUAUAUCAUUCAAUCGUCUUCGUCCUCCUGGGAAGGGUAGCAUCUCUGUCUCGCCUUUGCCGAGAGGAGCAAAUGCCUUUCUGCCGCUCGACUUAUUAUGCUUCUAGCACAUCCUCCACCUCCGCUCCGUGGCAGCUGGCUAUCCCUUUCCUUGUGAUGCUUAUCCUGCCAACAGUCAUCAAGGGCUUCUAUGCCGGGUCAAAGUCAUAUGAAGGAGCAGCCAGCCUGUGGAUCGGCAUCGGUUUUCGCCUUGGCUUGUUUGUCACCUCAGUCUUCUGGGUGCUAGAGGAAAUCGACGGCAAAGAGUGGCUGCCCCUCAGUGAUGAAACCCUGAAGACAAUUAGAGUAUUUCUUGCCCAGCUUGUCCUAGGGCUUGCCUUCGCCGCCGGCACAACAGCAUUCAUCUACUCCAAACCCUGUGUCAGCAUUAGCGUCGCACAAACUAAUGCAGAGCCCGAACCCAAGCGUCCAUCCCCUGGCGAACAACAACUCCCACGGACAACGGUGACAAUCCUCGGCUUCGGCAACAUCCAUGGCACCCGCUUCUUCUUCCUCGCGAUCAACUUCUGCCUAGCCAUCACCCUGAUGCAGAAACCAAUGGGCCAAGGCGCCAUGGGCCUCCUCCUUUGGCAGAUCCUCUCCCUCCUAGAAAUUCUCGACACAAACGCCCUCGUCACUAGCAACUCCUCCAUCGGACCCACAGUCCUCGGCCUCCUCGGCUCCUUCUAUUAUUUCAAGACCGGCCACCAGGCCACCAUAAGCAGCAUCCAGUGGGAAACCGCCUUCAUCCCCCUCACAACCGUCAAGUACCCCUGGUCCCCACUCAUCGUCAUCCUCAACACCUUUGGCGCGCAGAUCCUUGCCGCCAUCGCCGUCCCGCUCACCGUUAUGUGGAAACGGCCUCUCCAGCUCACCGACAAGACCUCCUCCUCCGCCCCCCAGAAACCAGCUCUCAAGCUCCUGUCCGACGUUGCUCAGGCUUCCGCUACGUAUAUCCUUUACUUUGCGACUAUCAAUCUCGCUACGACAAUGUGGGCCGGCCACCUCCGCCGCCACCUUAUGCUCUACCGCAUCUUCAGCCCGCGGUUCAUGUUUGGCGCGCUCGCCUUAGGGGUCGUUGAUGUCGUCCUGAUUGUGUUUUCUAUUGCCGGCGUGCGGUGGAGUACACUCAGUGUGGGGGAGAUUUUCGGCUGGUAA